GCCGUCCGUGUCUUUAAUACAAAAUUACCCCGAGGAAUAUUUUUUCCCGUGUGGGAUUUUUUUCCUCUUCUGAGGGAUUUUUUUCGUACGUGAGUUAUUUUUUUUUUGAGUGAGUGAUAUUUUUCUCGCCUUGUUGCAAAACUUACAAAAUAAUUAAUUUAUUUUUUUGACUCAUUUGGUUGCAUGCAUUUAUCUAUGUUGCCAAAUUUUAAAAAAGCAUUCUUAUGCACCAGAUUUCACUACUUUCGAUUUUCGAGCAUGAACAUAAUCGAGAGUCGACUGCCGAACCCAGUUUCCAUUCAAUCCAUGUAUCGCCGUAGCGCGAGUGAAUGUGAUAUGAUUAGUUGUGCAGUGUGUGCAGGUGCAAGUGCAAUGAAUUUCCAAGUCCAAGUACCUUAAGACUUUUCAUUUAGAUAAACCUCUUUUUACGUGUAUCUUCACCUACAAACAUCUCAGCAAUGCGCUUCUGCUCGAAUUACUGUUGCUGUUGAUACGUCAGCUUAAAUUUUUGUUCGUCUCUCAUUGCUUGUGUGUGAGGGAACUCAUUGCAAGACUUAAUUAACGAAGCCGUCAUUACAUGUUUUCAUCCUGACCAAAGUUUCCUUUGCUUACAACCAAAGUUGGAGAUCUAAUGGAUGCUGAGGUAAUCAAUGGUCAGUGCCGAGAGCUUGCCAUCAGAAUAAUCUCCAAGUUAGACCUAGGAGCUCAGUUUGCAAGGCAGGAUGACCGUGCAGCAUUGUCUGCAUGUCUUCAGUCGUUAAAUGAGCGAGGAGAGGAGCUACAAAGCGUUAUAUCAAAUUUACCUGAGACUGAACUGAAGGAAUCUUUAAUUCAGCUAUAUGAGUACCUGCUGGAGUUUGUCGUAUUCUAUGAAGAAACUGUCCCUGUAGAAACUGAUACUCCACAACUGCAGGGAAGUGUAUCAGUCACCAGAAAUGGCAUGUGCGGAAGGCCAAGCAUCACACUUGACAACGAGCUGAUCAAUUACUACAUCCAAAAUGGUGUUUCCAAGCAAAAAAUAGCCGAUUCAUUUGGGAUUUCACGGAGUACGCUGCAACGUAAAAUUGGCCCCAGAAAUAUUCCCACUUUAAGUGAUGAAGACCUCCAAAACAUGAUUGUAAGGAUGAAAGAUGAAGAUCCACAUUGCGGCCAGCCCUACAUCUCAGGUGAAAUAAGGGCUCUAGGGUUUUAUGUCCCCCGCAGUAGGGUUCGGAAACAAUUGAGAAUCGUUGAUCCAGUUGGAACUGUUCGGAGACGAAGAGUUAUCACAAGAAGGAGGCGAUAUCGGGUGAAAGGACCUAAUUACAUCUG